UGUGCGGCUGCUCAUCUCAACCAAUGCGCCUGGGGCUCUGGGUUUACUUUGCGGUGCUGUUGGCCGUCGGCACACUGUCUCAUGCCCAUGAGCAUCACCACCAUGAAGACUACUACGAUGUGCUUGGAGUCGGUAUGGACGCAUCCGAGAGUGACAUCAAGAAAGCGUAUCGAAAGUUGAGUCUUCAAUAUCACCCCGACAAGAACAAGGGAAACAGCGACACGGAAACCAAGUUCCAACGUAUCUCGCGCGCGUACGAGAUUCUGUCCAACCCAGAGCUCAAGGACGUGUACGACUUUGAAGGCGAGGAGGGGCUGCAACGCCAUCAACACCAAGGCAACCGUCCGUCCAAUCCAUUUGAUCAAUUCUUUGGCGGCGGAAGUGGGCGUCAACGUGGUGCAGAUGCUGCGGUGGAAGUCCAAGUGACGCUGGAGGAAUUGUACAAUGGCGGAGAGAAGAGCGUAACAUUUCGACGCAACGUCAUUUGCCGCAAAUGCAAAGGCACCGGGGCCAAAGACGGUGUGACCAAACCCUGCAAGACCUGCGGUGGCCAAGGCGUUGUCCUCGUCAAUCAGCAAAUGGGACCAGGGUUUACGGUUCAAAUGCAGCAUCAGUGCCCCAAGUGCGGAGGCCGAGGCAAGACGUACAAAUCCAAGUGUCCUCACUGUCAUGGCCACAAGGUGGUGGAGGAAAUGAAAACGAUUACGGGCGUUGUUGAGCGCGGCAUGCCUUCCAACCACGAAAUUGUGUUUGAACGCCACGGCGAACAGCACCCGGGGAUCAUGCCUGGCAACGUCAUCAUGCGCUUGGUACAGCUGCCGCAUCGCGUGUUUCGCCGAGCCGGAGACGACUUGCAUGCGCAGGUUCAAAUCUCCCUCAAGGACGCGCUCUUGGGCUUUGACACGACCCUGUUGCACUUGGAUGGCCACAAGGUCUCCAUUGCACAUGACGGCGUGACCAAGCCAUUUGAAGUGCGUCGGGUGUUGGAGGAAGGGAUGCCGCACCACCACGUCCCAUCGCAGCACGGCGACCUUUACGUCACGCACAACAUCAAGUUUCCCACGAAACUCACGGACGCCCAAAAGGACCUCGUCAAACGAUUGCUGCCGUAGGGAUGGAUGUGUGGCUGGAGAAUUCCUUGAUGUUUCGAGAGACGUUCAGCCAUUUCUAAGUUGACCAGUCAGGCCACAAUCGUAUGGACAACUCUCUCGUCCACGCGUUGGUGGCAACACUCGAGGCCCUCGGUGGGGUUCUUCGACAUGGUGAGUGCAUGUACUCGACUCG